UCUGCCUGCCAUCGAAUCCGCAAGCACUUGCAGGUUUCAUUAUUUCCUCCGUGGUGUUAUUAACUACACCACUGCGGAAACUAUUAGUACCAUCCUGCUUUAACGGACAGCACGGACGUAAGAUACAUUUUAGUCACCGGGCACGAAUAACAUCAAGUGUAUUAUUGUUUUUGUUGUUCCGACCUAAUCGUAUUGCUCGUGAUUAGUUUAAUGUUCCAACUUUACGCAUGGAGAAUAGCCUAGCGAAUAUCAGGUGAGGCGCAUGUAGGGGGACGAGCCUACACCUGGACGGAUGGCAACUGUAUUGCCUGAAUACUAAUGCUGUUAUUCUCCAUCCAUCCACAGCAAGACACUUGUUGAUCUGAAUAGACUUCAUCACAGCAGACUGCUGCUUGGGAAUACUAUUUUGCUUUUUGUAGGAGACCUGCGGCUACAGAUGGAUCGGAGCCCUUCGGGAGGGCGUCAUUUGUUUUACCCGGGCUGUGUGACACAGAGGCGGCUACAGAUGGCGAUGAUCCUCGGCUUUUAACAGGUGGACCGCCUAUCUGCUACCGAGGGAGGAGGCAUGGGUAACCAGGUGGAUAAAAUGAAACUGUCACAUCAAAGUUACGCAGAAGUUCCCACAGUGGACCCCAACGGGCUGGACACUGAGGAAGGUCCGCGGAUCGGAGUGUCUUAUAUUUUCUCAACAGAUGACGAGGAACCGGAGGGUGAAAACAGUAACGUAGAUGGAGCGGAUAAAGAGCAUCACACUGGUACGGAACAGAAACACUACGACAUGAGUAACGAGGUGGAGUGCGCCGUUUACCACCGGGGGGAAUGUAUUUACGAGAAGAGCGUCAAGACAGCGGCCAUGGAAACCUACUCCCCAGAGAUCCUACUAAACAAAUGCAAGGCAGGUGACCUGCUGGAGUUUGUAACAACGGGACAGUACCCCCACUGGGCGGUGUAUGUCGGUGACUUCCAGGUGGUGCACCUGCACAGAGCAGAGAUAAAGAAUAGCUUCCUGACAGACGCCAGCCAGGGAAGGAGAUGUAGGAUAGUCAACGAGCUGUAUAAAUUCAAAGCACUCGGCGUCGAGAUGGUGGUUCAGAACGCUAUGGAACAGGUAGGAGCUAAAGACGGAGAGUUGAGCUGGAGAAAUUCAGAGUGUUUUGCCGCUUGGUGCAGAUUUGGCAAACGAGAGUUCAAAAUGGGUGGAGAGAUCCGGAUAGGAAAACAGCCAUACAGGUUAAAGAUCCUAAUGUCAGAUAAACAGUCUCACAUGCUGGAGUUUCAGUGUUUGGAGGACUUGAUCAUGGAGAAGAGGAGAAACGACCAGGUUGGGAAGACAUCAGUGGUCCAGGAACUGGCCAAUCAGUUCAACAGUGUCGGGGAGAUCAAAAGUGGUCCACUCAGUGAUCCAAUAACAGCACAGACCGCACAGUGAUCUAAUGGAUUUAUAGACCUGCUAUAAAGAUCACGAUGGCCCUUGCCUAUCCAAUCACAGACCCCUAUCUUAAGUGGAUUUACAAACAACACAUUUUACUUUCUAAUUAAUUUCAUUUUUUGAUGAAUAGAAUCUAAAUGGCCCGUUUAAUGUCUAGUUGUUAUUUGAUUGAUUGGAAGAACAAUAGUUUUAAAAGGUUAUUGAUUUUAUUCUCUGCCUAUUGAUGUUUCAUAAUGAUUAAUCUGAUAAUAUAUUGUACAUGUUUUCAUGUCUCAACCAGGUAACCAUCAUUACAUACCUACAGCCCUACGGUUAUGUCAUUCUGAUCAAAACAUGUCGUAGACUAUAUAGGUUGAUCAAUCAUCUCGCUUAUUGUACCGUACCAAUAAUUUAAGUCAAGUAAAUGAUGAUUACAUCUUUGCAGUCAAACUGGCUUUUAU